CGUCAGAAGAACCAGAACCAGAGGAUUCUCAGCUAUACACACACAGGCAUGGCUGAUGUCUUCAGAAGCUUGAAUCUACUUGAGACCCUCAAAGAGUCUUUAGAGUCUAACAAGUUGUCGGAUGUUAAAGAUGCAGUGGAAGAUCUCCUCAUCAGCAGGAUUAACUUGGCUGUGGUUGGGGACCGUGGAGCUGAGAAAGCCUCCUUCAUAAACUCGCUCCGUGGCCUUGGGCCUGAUGAUGAUGGUGCAGCUCCUUCUUCGCCCCCUGCUCCACCAGAGGAAAUAGCUGGCUACCCAAAUCCCAAACACCCUGACUUCCGCAUCUGGGAUCUCCCAGCCUUCCCAACCACAUUCCACUUUGAGCCAGAAGAAUACAUGAACAGAUUUAAGUUCCUCCGCUACAAUGCUGUCUUUAUGACAUUCACACAGACGUUCCAACCCAACAGCGUGGCACCUUUCAUGGAGGCUCGAUCGCUGCCGCGACAAAAUGUUUACUUCAUCCUCUUAGCUUCUGUAGAAGAUACGGACAAGAGCCUGGAAGAGAAGAGGAAAGCCAGUCUGGAGGUGCUGAAAUCCCUGGGAGUGAAACAGACUAAAGUCUACCUGGUCAGACCUUCCACCCUGGAGAGGUGUGACCUCCCUGACCUCUUGGUGGACAUGAGUAAGGACCUUCCAGAGAUCCGAGCUCACGCUCUCCUCCUGGCUCUCCCAACUCUCACUCCAGCUCUGGUCACCCAGAAAAAGGAGGCUUUCCAAGCUCUCAUAUUUGCCGCCGCCUCGUUAUCAGGCGGGGUGUCGGCUAUUCCCGUUCCUCUCGUGGCAUCUAUGGUGGACUCGAGCAUUGCAGUGCGAAUUCUCACUAAGGCACAGCUCUCUCUGUGCCUGGACGAUGAAUCUGUUGACCGUCUGGCCCGGCGGCGAGGCAGGGAAGGGGCAGAGCUUAGGAAGCUGCGAACGUGUGUGCUGUCGGUGGAGGUCACUAAAGCAGAGGUGAAAAGACGACUAGCAGCAGCAGAGAGGGAACAGUCCACCGUUUCUUCAAAGCUGCUGGAAAUGGCGAUGCCUCGACAUGCUCGCUCAGUCGGCCACUCCUUCGCCGCCAUGCUUCAAGCUCUGAACGGCGCUGUUGAUGAAAUGGCUGCAGAUGCUGAGAAGAUAGUGGCAGCAGCUGUGGGGGAGGGAAAAUGACAGUUGUUUUAAUCUUCAUUAAGUUUGCAAGCAUCAAGUUUCCUGUAACAUCACCUUAAUGAAGUUUAUAAAUAAUACGAUUGUUUUCUUUCUAUUGAAAAGUGUUGCAUUUGUUUC